AUGUUCCAUCUUGCUCUUGUCCUCGCAUGUGCCCUCGCUCUCGCCGCCGCCGCCCUUACCCUCACCGUUGUCGUAGCCGUCACAGCCGCUUCCAAGGUCACUGUGCGAAAUGUUAGCAUGAUGGACAGUUACACGGUUCUCGUAGGUAACAUACCUUGGUUAUACCGACGACGUCUGCUUGACGAUAUGUGCUGCGACGAGUUGCGCCAACUUGGGAACAGCGCCGUCUUCACGAACGACUUCCGCUUCAAGCGCGACUUGGGCGACACGAGCGUCGCGAAUGGCCUUCUUCCUCCCUCCUGA